AGGCGACCUUAACCAUCGUGGCACACUUUCAGCAGCAUCGUGCAAGCAUUCUAUUACCAUGUCCGUAAUAUGUAUUCAAUCGCUUCCGUUUCUCGUUCCGAGUGUUCAAGAAUGCAAUACAACCAAUACGUGUCGGUGUGCUUGAUUGCACUUGUCUUGGGACAAGUCGCGGCAUUACCACAACAUCCUCAAUACACGCAGCAAUACCCGCAGCCAUACCAACAACAACAGAUCAGAGAGGAGAGAAAAUUUGCCGAGAAGCCAAACGCGAUGAAGAAGGUGGCGCUCGAUGAUCUCGAGGAUAUUAGUACUAAUCAGAUUCAGGAGGGUGGCAGUAGCGGCUUCUCGUGGUCCAAUAUGCUAGGGAUGUUGAUGCAGAUGUUAUUAGGUCAAACCGGGGGUGCGACCGGACCUAGCAAAAACGAGAUAGACGAUAGCGCGACUGUAAGUCCAUGGACCAAUCUGCUUUCCGUUGGUCUGAGAGUCCUCACGGCACUACUGGGCGGACCUCAGCAACCGGUGGAUGGUAUCGACAAGGUGGACAAUCAAAGUAGUCCCAUGCAGGAAAUUUUGACUGCGGUGCUGGGCGCGUUUCUAGGACAGGGCAGAGACCCCGAACAGGUUGCUGUAAUGGCGAAAAAUGCCUCCGAGUUCAUCAGCAUAGUCAUCAACCUGCUGGACGCCCUGAAGACAUCCUUCUCUCAUCGUUCUCUGGAGGCUCGCUCGCUCGGACGACGAGACACCGUUUCCGAAGCUGCGAUAGCGUCCAUCUCUAUGUUAAAGGGCUACAUGAGAUCCGUCAAGUCCUUUAGCUACGUAGGUCGCGCGGAGGAGGAAGGACAGCGUGGUUGCGCCGAGAGGGCACUUUGCGAGGCCAGUGCGGAGUGUAUCGCUGACACGCAAGGUCCAUCGUCGAUCUUCUGCCAGCUUGGAUCGUACGCGACGAGUUAUCUCCUACAGAGGCAAAGCGGCGUGAGCUUCGAGGCCUUGUACGAUGCAGGACGACGCGGUCGCACGGGCGAGGACUGCAGGACUCUCUUUAUAGAUUGCAACGCUGUAUGAGCGAGUUCAUCCUCGCAGCAUUCUGUCGAACGUGGCUUAGAUUCCGCGGGAUUUUCAUUUAUUUUUCCCGACGAAACUUGACUCGAGCAAUCUCUCGUACAUCCUGUGCUUUGUCUUGGUGAUGGAGAGUAUGGAAACCAGAAAAUCGUUAAUGCGUCAAGCGUUCGAGCGAGACGAGACAUUUCACGCAGGUGUCCCACGGUCUAGGCCAUGUUAAAACAGAAGUAUAGGUGUUUAAUCGACGCAUCCACGGCACGGGCGUGCACCGAGCCGGGAUUCGCAUCGAAUCUCGCCAGCUCGUCUCUCACCUCGGCUCCAACUCACGAUUGAUCAUUUUUUCAAUCAGAGAAAUUCGUCUUACACGUGUGUGUGUGUGUACGCGCUAAAUAAUAUAACUUCUUUUCGACACUAAUCCGCGAUCCCAACGUAAUUCAACGAAUAAACGAGGCAUUUGACGUCGCGCUUGUCUCGAGAAUAAUUACAAUAUACAAUAUACACGUAGAUUCAAGUCUGAAAGGUUUUGUUAAUCUCUUUACGAGUCGGUGUUUAUACUUUGAUGAAAUUUCAUCUGACUGCAUGUUGUAAGUUUCUCUCCUUUGCUGUCGAUCGCCGAGUUUCGCCACGUCGAUUACGCAAUUAUACAAUUAUAUUAUUUAUUUCUGUAUUUAUUGAACGUAUUAAAUGUAUAGGUGUAGCACAUUUGUGGAUGGGACUCGGCGCGAGUUCAUUAUAUUUUCAUAUUUCGACGACUAUUAUGUGCAACAGACAGCGCAAGUUUACUCAUUGACACACCUAUUUUUAUGUAUACGAUGAAUAAAAUUUGUUCAAUUUGUUGCCUAAAAUGUAAUAUAUCUUCAAGAUACAAUUGAGUAAUGAAAGUAGCGGCAUUCGUAUCGGUAGAGCAUUAUCGUUAUCGUUAAUGAUGGAAAAGUUGUCACAAAAACGAAAUUCGAUUCUGCAACACGUUAUAUUGUACUUAAGUGAUACUUGAGUAAUUAAAACUCUUGUAACUUUCAUGUAUUACAAUAUUGCAUGAAAAAUUAUUUUACUCCAUUUGUUGUAUUGAUUGAAUUUUUUUUCUUUUUGAAACUGUUUGAAUCAGUUACAAUUGUUGCACUUAAUAUCCAAGUUAUUUACGUAUACACAUCGCGCAUUUAGCAUUAAAUGUACGUUAUGUAUGCGAAACGUUAGUAGUAAAAUUAGGAUCGUAGGGAGGAAGAUGCGCUUAGAGCUGUUGGAGAAAAAAGAUGGGCAAAUUUUGAUGUGCUCGAUGAACUCUGUUCAAGUGUUACUAUUAUCCUUCAAAAUGGAAAAUACAAAAGAUGAGAUUAUUUGUGAUUGCUUCAAUUAAUUUUCUACGUAUAUAGCAAAGUAGUAUUUCGUUGUUUCAAUCAAUGCUCCGAUUGACGUGAAAAGAAGAGAAAUUUUCUCAAUUUUCCUCGAGUCAAAAUUCAAAA